GUCCUCCUGUCCCACACACACCAGAAGUGACACAAAGUCUGAUUAAAGUUCGCGGCUGCUGUUGGGGAUAUCCAUCUAAUACUGCCAAAAUGGUUGAAAAAUUUGUUGGAACAUGGAGGAUGAUUUCCAGCGAGAAUUUUGAUGACUACAUGAAAGCAAUUGGUGUGGGAUUUGCAACCCGGCAGGUGGGGAACCGGACCAAACCCAAUUUAAUAGUGAGCAUGGACGACCAGGGAAACGUUUGCAUCAAGUCCCAGAGCACCUUCAAAACCACUGAAAUCAAGUUCAAGCUCAACGAGCCCUUCGAGGAGACGACCGCAGACGACAGGAAGACGAGGACCGUGGUGACCAUGGAGAACGGCAAGCUUGUGCAGAGACAGAGCUGGGAUGGCAGAGAAACCAGCAUCGAGAGGGAGAUUUCAGAUGGAAAGUUGGUAGCGAGAUGCAUAAUGGGAGACGUGGUGGCCGUGAGGACAUACGUGAAGGAAAUGUGAUGCCCUCCCUCCUCGGAUGCGACGCUGGACGACGGGCUCAGUUCAAUGAGCGAGAUGCCAAAGUGAAGUAACCGCGUGUUCUGAUCUCCUGCCCACUUUUUCCUCACUGUGUUGCCAAAGUCAGAUCUCUGUGCCCUGUUCGCUAACAUCAGACACUUGGUUUUAUUUGCAAAUUGUUGUGGUGAUUUAAAUAAUAAAAAAAAAUAAGUUUAUCUAAAA